GAGCGUCAUCAUCACCCGUCGGAAACACGCAUGCGCACUUUGGCUUCAUUUGCUGAUGCAAGACACUUAUGGUGAAGAGCUGCAGUGCUAUUUAGCUAUUUAUUGUUACUAAGGCGCUUUUGAACACAACAGCUACAGCGACCAUGUCAGAAGACGAGAUCUUAUUUGAUCCCUCCACGACCAAGAAAAAGAAGAAGAAGAAGAAGCCCUUUAUGCUUGAUGAAGAAGGCGAUGGAGUCAGCGAGGAGACGCAGCAGGCAGAGCCUCGGGAAGUCGAACCCGAGGCAGGAGAGGAACGUGAGGUGGAGCCGGAGGAAGAUGAAGGAAGGAAAAAAGAGAUCACAGAUGACUUGGACGAUUUAAAUUUCUUCAAUCAGAAGAAAAAGAAAAAGAAGCCCAAGAAAGUGUUUGACAACGACAUUGAAGAAGGCAUGAAGGAGCUGAAGAUUGAAGGUGAGCAGCCUGAAGUGAUGGAAGAUGAUGACUUAGACCUGAUGUUGCCAACAAAGAAGAAGAAGCCUAAGAAGGUGGAAUUUGACAAUGAAUGUGAUGCGGCUGAGAAGGACGACGCCCUGGAGGAUGAUGAGAGUAAAAAUGCUGAUGGCAUCAUGUUCAGCUCUCAGACUGGUCCAGCUUGGGCAGGCUCAGAGAGAGACUACACAUAUGAUGAGCUGCUAAGUCGUGUCUUUAACAUCAUGAGGGAGAAGAAUCCUGACAUGGUGGCAGGAGAGAAGAGGAAAUUUGUCAUGAAACCCCCUCAAGUGGUGCGAGUGGGAACAAAGAAAACAUCCUUCGUCAACUUCACCGACAUCUGCAAACUGUUGCAUCGACAGCCAAAACAUCUUUUGGCUUUCUUACUAUCUGAGUUGGGAACGAGUGGGUCCAUAGAUGGUAAUAACCAGCUUGUCAUCAAAGGGCGAUUCCAGCAAAAACAGAUCGAGAACGUCUUGAGAAGAUACAUCAAGGAAUAUGUGACCUGUCACACAUGCCGCUCUCCAGAGACCAUCCUGCAGAAGGACACUCGCCUGUACUUCCUGCAGUGUGAGACGUGUCACUCGCGCUGCUCUGUGGCCAGCAUUAAAACAGGUUUCCAGGCCGUCACGGGCAAGAGAGCGCAACUCCGCGCCAAAGCCAACUAACGAGACAACCUCUACUCUUUUUCAUUCUCCUCUCCAUUACCAAACCCUGUGCUGCCCCAUAUGGCCACUUCAACUGCUCAGCACUAGUUUAUUCUGAGUCAUGGACUUUUGAAGUGAACUGGUGGAAAGGUUUAAAGUGGAUUUUUUUUUUUUUUUUUUUUUUGGUUGUAAUCUAAAAGAAAACAUUAAAGUACAAUAAGCAAGAGGGCUGGACAGCUUGAGCCACUGGUUUAAUGAGUCACGUCGCCUCUCUGAUCACAGCUUUUGAUUUCACAAAGUAGUGUGAGAAGCCGGAAUAGGGGCCAGAGCAUUUCAGACUCACAUUUUAUUUGCACAGUGGUAGCAGAUUUCAUUCUACUGUUUUGAUUUUGUUGCAUGAAUAUAGUAGGUGAAAAUCUGGGCGAGUGGCCUGCGUGCUGUCUUCUGCUUUUUAAAACCGAACCACACGGAAUUACAGACCUUUACAGUGACUGAUCGAGUUCGCUCUCUCUAACGAGACCUGAUAAUGAUGAAAAUUUUUGUCCAGCAGGCGUUAUAUAGAUUCCAUUUAUAGUGUUUUGAUUCAGCCUUGAGGGUUUGGAGAGCUCUGCUACCUUUGUGACAAAACUCCACCAGGAGUGUCGAGUGCUGUGCUUAGGAUUUUGGUUGUUUACUGUUUAUUACACAGUUUAAUAAAGGUGACAUCCACAUAUUUGUUUCAAUUGUAUUCACAGAACAGCCCUGCAUAAUAUUGAGAAAUACAGAGCUGUAUGAUUAUGUAGGAUGUAUAAAAAAUAAUGGGGCAGGAGAGAUUAGUGCAGUGUUUCUGAUGAAAAUAAGAUGGAUGUCAUUGUUUAAAACUGAAUUUUUUAAUAAAAAUUUACUCUA